AUGUUUUUAACAUAUUUCGUAAUAUUUUAUAUUUUUUUCUCUUUUUUUCAGGUUGUUGACGAUAAUAUUGAUCCCGCAUUGACCCUAUUGUCUUAUCUUCGUAGAAAAUUAAAAUUAACUGGUUCCAAACUUGGAUGCGGUGAAGGAGGAUGUGGUGCUUGUACUGUAAUGGUGUCAAACUACGACAGACACACCAAAAAAGUCUACCACAAAUCAGUCAACGCAUGUCUGGUUCCAGUGUGUUCUGUCCACAUGAUGGCUGUGACAACAGUAGAAGGUAUUGGGAGCACAAAGAAUGGUCUACAUCCUGUUCAGGAACGGAUUGCGAAAUCACACGGAUCUCAAUGCGGCUUCUGUACCCCUGGUAUCGUUAUGUCCAUGUACACCCUUUUGAGGAACAACCACCAACCAACAAUGUCAGACGUUGAGGACGCUUUUCAAGGCAAUCUUUGUAGAUGUACUGGAUAUCGGCCGAUCUUAGAAGGAUUCAGAACCUUCACGAAGGAUAACACUGACGUAAGCUGUUGCCAAAGCAAAAAUGAUGUUACCAGGUGUUGCCAGAAUGGUCUCAACGGACCAAUGAAAUCAAAGUGUUGCAAAGAUUUAAUAUUUAAAGAAAACGGUGAUCAUACCAUGAAAGGCGUAAGUUUUUGCCGUUUAACAGAACUUGUUCUAUUUUAAAUUGUAAUUGAAUUG